AUGGAGUACACAGGUUUGAUGGUGUUUCUAUGUCCUAUAUGGAUGGUCUUACUUGGUGUUGUGAUCGGAUGGUCGUGGAAACCCAAGUGGGCACCUUUUGGGAACGGCAAGGACAAAUUCGGCUGCUCUGUUUAUAAAGGCUUCGAUUUUUCGUUGCCUUCUUCGCCGUCCCGGUCGUUAAUGUCCCCAUUAAAAGGCUUGUCAUCGGCUCCGUGCUUGAAUUCGUUUGACUUGGCUUCCCAAGGUUGUGAAGCCUUGUUCAUGGAUAGGGGAUUUGAGAGAACCACUUCUGCUUCACCUUCCGAAUUUGAUGAGGGCAGCACAUCGCAGCUCAAUGAAGAGAAGUCUAAUGUAAUGACAGAGGAGGACUUAGACCUUUUAUGCACGCUUGUGGAUAUGAAAGAUGGAGGUCCUACUUGGAUACAGAUGAUGGAACGUUCCACUCCAACUAUGAACUACCAAGGCUGGUGUAGGGAUCCCGAGAUUGGUCCUCCUCAAUAUCGUAGCAGAACUGUCUACGAGGAUGCAACACCUGAGAUAGUAAGGGACUUUUUCUGGGAUGAUGAGUUUCGAUUAAGGUGGGAUGACAUGCUUAGGCAUUCGACAACGAUAGAAGAGUGCCCUACCACGGGAACCAUGGUGGUACAGUGGAUACGGAAGUUCCCGUUGUUCUGUAAAGACAGAGAAUACAUAAUAGGUCGUCGAAUUUGGGAAUCUGGAAGGUUGUAUUAUUGCGUGACAAAGGGAGUACCCUAUGCCUCUAUCCCAAGGCAUGACAAGCGAAGACGCGUUGACUUGUACUACUCAAGUUGGUGCAUUCAAGCAGUGGAAUCAAGAAGAGCCAACGGCCAGCUGACAGCAUGCGAGGUUCUACUCUUUCAUCAUGAAGAUACGGGUAUUUCAUGGGAUAUUGCAAAACUUGGAAUACGAAAAGCAAUGUGGGGGACCGUCAAGAAGAUCGAGGCUGGCUUACGUGCCUACCAAACAGAAAGAGCUUUAGGACUGCCACUUUCUCGGUCAGCCUUCAUGGCUCAGAUCAACACCAAAAUACAUCCGGAGUACCUGAAAGCCUCAGGAGACACCGAGGAUUCAUCACAGACUGAGGUGGUGACUGUAUCUGGCAAAGCUGUGCGUAGGCACAUACCGAAGCUCCUAAUAUUUGGUGGGACCAUAAUCCUUGCUUGCAUUCUUAAUCGAGGGCUCUUGAUGAAGACAUUAGUAUUUGGGGUAACCAGAAGGUUUGCAAAGGUAGGAAAGAAAUUGUAA